AAUGGUUUAAGUUGAAUUAUCUCAUCCAUUCAUCCUAGAAUCCAGUUCAGAGUUCCUUUGGCAAGAAACCAAUUGAUCCAGAAGAAGUUGGCUGACAUGCUCACAGAGAUCACUAUUGGCUUACAGGCUUGUCUACAGCUGGGGCGCUUAAAAGAUGAAGACAAGGCAACUCCUGAGAUGAUCUCUAUGCUGAAGCGGAAUUCCUGUGGGAAAGCACUAGAAAUUGCCCGGCAAGCUCGUGACAUGCUUGGGGGCAACGGAAUUGCAGAUGAAUAUCAUGUUAUUAGGCAUGUCAUGAAUCUGGAGGCAGUCAACACCUACGAAGGGACUCAUGAUAUCCACGCACUCAUCCUUGGCAGAGCUAUCACUGGACUUCAGGCUUUCACAGUUGGGAAAUAAAUACAUUUCUCCAGACUUCAGUUUUGCUCCACAUGAUUCCAGUGUGGGAACAUCACUUGAGAUGGUUUAUGAUGCUGCAAUAUCUUUAUAAGCUGAGCAUGACUGCUUCUGCUCACCAGACUCUGAUCAAGUUAUUUUAUUCAGCUCAACUCAAUUAUUUGUAAGCUGAAACAAAUCAGGCAUUUAAAAAAUCUCAGUUGUUCACCAGAAGUGCAGAAAGAAAUUAAAAGUGCUGCAUUGUGCCAAAGGAAAAACAGUUUUUCUAAUUGGUAGUAGGGUAAUGCUAUGGUCUAGGAAAUAAUAGUAUUUUGGAAUUGCCCAGUUGUUUUGGGGGCAAACUGUUUUGGUAUGUAGCUGAUGGUAUUUGAUUCUUCAAAGCUCACUGCUGCUCCAGGAUCCGGUCAGAGCCUUGAGGUCUUUACCAGUGUAGGUAAUCAACAAUUUAUAGUUUUAAAAAAUCCAAGGUUUUAGUUUUUUGUGUAAGAGGGAACCUAUAAUACUUGCAAACACAGAAGAUGAAAAUCAGAAUUUACUACCUAUCCUGUGACUUAACUGGCUGUUGUUUUUUAGUGCCUUCAUUGACACUGUUGAAUAAAGAUUUUGAUUUUUUUUUUUAAACAUCAGAAUACAUUUUUGAUGGAGUGCUAACCUAUUUCAGCUGGGUCCUUUGCACUUUUGAAUAUGUUCCUCUUUGCUCUUUCAAAAAUAAAUUUAAUGUGAUGAAUUUCCAACAGGAGUUUGGGGUAAGGUGAUUAGAUGAAGACCUGAUAUGCUAAUGUUAAUGGCCACAGAAAACCAACCUUUCCUGUGAAUAGCUCUUUCACAUCUUUACUAGCACUUAAAAUUACUUAACUGCUUAGAUAGAGGUUAAGUUUCCGAAAACAGACUGUUUCUACCAAGGAGACUGUGAGUUCCAGUGACCCCUGUCCAUUUACUAUACCAAGGGCAUUGAGUCCUGUCGCUAUCCUUGUAAGAAAACACUGAGAUUGCCUUUGUUUAAAGCAGUAAAAUGCUGCUUGCAGCUUUUGGCUGUUACACCUCUGUUGCUGUGGUUAAGAAUUCAGAAAAUAAUGAGUGGAGCUGCGGCAAUUCUGAGUUCUUAGUGCUAGAAUUUAGACAUAGCAUAGUAGGGGGUGUGGCUUGAAAACUGAUACGUGGUAUUCCAAGAUCAGUGAUGUUGAGCUAUGUUUUGCAAUUGGCUGGAAACUUUGUGAUUUCAUAUGACACUUAACAUAUGUAUAAUCCAGCAAAUUUGUCCCUAUCAUCAAGAUUCUUAUGUAAUGUAUAUUCAGAUUCUUAAUUCUCUGUUUUAUGUGCUUUAUUAUGCAGUAUGACUUUUUAAGUGUUUCUUAGUAUGUUGAGGGUUUUGUUUGUUUAAUCUAUGUACUGAGAGAACCAGUAACUAAUUUUAUUUUCCAACACAGAACUGUUAGAUUAAGGAACAAUGAGGGGUAUAAGACAUUAGAUUCUAAGUCCAAUCCCUGAGCCUUGGAUGUAGGCCCCAGAAACCACCAAAUACUGCCACCACAUUGUGAAAAGGAAAAAAUAAUGAUUAAAGACAACCUAAAUGUAAUCUUUUUUUUUUUUUAUCCUGGCCCCACAACUUCCUUAUCCCUGAUUUUUGGAGUGGAGCUCUCAGUAUACCAUUCAAAGUUGAAGUAAAGCAGUUAGCCCAAGAAAAGUUGUGCAACCAUGAACUAAGAAGUCAGUUAUUUGUAAUGCUUCAGCAGCACUAAAUAGGAUGCAAAUGCAGGGACAAAAAUGUAAUGAUGUUUCUAAUUAAAAGGACAGAUAUGAAAAGUUUCCGUUGUGGCUUACCACAGCAUACUGUACUGCCUAGCACUGACAUUAGUGUAUAACUGAGGGGGGGGAAAAUCAAUUCUGAAAGAAAGUACAGCACAGACAAUAAUAAAAAAAGAAAUACCAACA